AUGCCGCUCGUGCCGCGCGCUCUGCUCUUCGCGUUGGUCACUUUGCUCAUGGUGCUCCUGAUCGUGGAUGAUAUCACACAAGUUGAACGAGAGAGCGCGCCUGCUGCUGUGCACGUCGAUCCGACCCAUGGCCAGCCCGCGGUGACACGUGUGACAGGUGCAGAGAGACCCAGCUCUAGCCGGGUGGGGAACUGGACCUUCAACCACACCUUGGCCAACAUCAUCAGAAAGGAGAUCCUGCACUUCCUGGACCCUGUGCGGGACAUGUCCAUUCUGAGGGGAGCGGUCAGUCCUGGAGACACUGUCCACUAUGUGCUGGACCGUCACAGCAGUACCCACAUCUCAGACACCCUGUACAGGCUCCUCCCCUCUAACCCACCCCUCCGCAGGCAGUACCACCACAGCUGUGCCAUCGUGGGCAACUCGGGCAUCCUGCUCAACAGCCGCUGCGGGCACCAGAUCGACCAGCACCCCUUUGUCAUCAGAUGUAACCUGGCCCCGGUGGAGGAGUUCUCGGUGGACGUGGGCUCCAGGACAGAUUUGGUCACCAUGAACCCGUCGGUAGUGCAGCGGGCGUUUGGGGACCUGCUCACGGACGAGUGGAGGCAACGCUUUGCCCAUAGACUGCGGGCUCUAGGGGGGAGUGUGCUGUGGGUACCCGCCUUCAUGGCCAAAGGGGGGGAGGAGCGUGUGGAGUGGGCCCUGAAGUUGAUCCAGGAGCAGGGGCUGGAGGUGCGGACUGCUGUGCCUUCUCUGAGACUGCUGCACGCCGUCAGGGGGUACUGGCUGACCAAGCAGGUGCCCAUCAAGCGCCCCAGCACGGGUCUGCUCAUGUACACCCUGGCCACACGCUUCUGCUCCCAGCUACACCUGUACGGCUUCUGGCCCUUUCCCUUGGACUCUCAUGGAGCUCCGGUCAAGUACCACUACUACGACCAGCUGACCUACCACUACACGUCCAGUGCCGGCCCCCACGCAAUGCCCCUGGAGUACCGCACCCUGAACGCGCUGCACAAUCAGGGGGCGCUGCGGCUGCACACGGGCCCCUGUGAGCCGGCAGAGACCACAGGGGGGCGCACUGAGGGUCCAGUGGUGUAA